CAAAAUGCUCAAUUUAAAGCGCGACAAAACUGUCGAUUGAAAUUAUUAUCUCUUUUUCCGUUGUUAAUUUAUAUGUUUUACCAAAAUUAUCUACAUUUUGCUAUUUGUUAAUAAUUGACCAUCAUCAUCAUCUUUUUUUUAAAAGUUGUCAUCUCAAACAACCAGUGAUUUUUCACUUCAAAAAGCGUGUUUAUUUUUUAUCUCAUCAUUUUUUAUAAUCAUUUUUUUUUGUUAAAUUCAUUCGCAUUUUAAAAUUUCAAAAUGUCUGAUAACCAAGUAAUCGUCAAAGCUGACAUGAAAGAUAAAGAAACCAAAGAUAAAUCCCAUUUCAAGCAAAGUAUCGACGAGAUGGACCAAAUCAACAACCUUAUUGAAGAGGGUAAAGCCAAAGCAAACGAGCUGAAUGUAACAUUGAAAACAAUAGAACACAUCACUGAUAGACUUCAUCACCAGUAUACCAAAGCGCAGAAUGAUGUUAAUGACACAUUCAAUUUCUAUGUUAAUCAAUUGGACGAGUGUAAAUCCGAGACACUUAAAGAGUUGGAUGAUAUUUACAAUUCGAAGCUGGUCAAUUUGAAUCAUCUUUACUCAAAGGUUAUCGAAGGAGUCGACAAGGUUAAGCAGAUUGCAAUGUUUGUUGAUCGAUUCAAAAAAUUUUCAUCAAGUCAUGAUACCUGUGAGCUGUUGCUUUUUAAACAACUUAUUGAAGCCCCUCUACUUCAAAUACGAAACUUUGAGCCUGACAUAAACAUACCUAAAGCCGAAUUGGAGUUUGUGUCCAACUAUCAAGCCAUACAGACAAGUGUGAAAAAUACUUACGGGUAUAUUAGAAGCUCGUCAACUGAGUCCAGGCAACCUCCUAUUAGUCGUCCAAAUGGAGUGAGUUCCUUCAAUCAGCACACUAACGGAAUUGAUUCCCUUCUUCAAAAGCGAUUUAAUUCCUCAAACAACACAGUCACUGCCAAUAAUAAUGGUCCAGUUAUAAGUAAUGGAGCCAACAAUGGAACACGUUCUUUGAGUAAUAUCUCAUUAUCAGACUCAAUUGCCACUUUAUAUGAAAAAUGGUCUAUUGGUGGAUUAGGAGGCUCACCCGAUUCAUCUCUUUACACAAACAGCACCCCAUCUAUAUCAGAACCAUUCAAUUCGCUCUCGGACCCAUUGCUCGAUCUUUCUACCAAAUUAACUUCGGCUAUAUCAUUGUUACCCAUCAAAUCUCAAAUCAAACGUCAAAAAAUGAUAUACCAUUGCAAAUUUGGGGAAUUUGGAAUUCUUGAGGGCCAGUUCACUGAACCUUCAGGAGUUUCUGUUAAUGCACAGAACGAUAUAAUUGUUGCUGAUACCAAUAACCAUCGUAUUCAGAUUUUUGACAAAGAAGGACGAUUCAAGUUCCAAUUUGGUGAAUGUGGUAAACGUGAUGGCCAAUUAUUAUACCCAAAUCGUGUUGCUGUGGUCAAACAAUCUGGCGAUAUCAUUGUCACCGAAAGAUCUCCUACUCACCAAAUCCAAAUAUACAAUCAGUAUGGCCAGUUUGUGAGAAAGUUUGGUGCCAAUAUUCUUCAACACCCAAGAGGUGUAACCGUUGACAACAAAGGUCAAAUAAUCGUUGUCGAAUGCAAGGUAAUGAGGGUACUAAUCUUCGAUCAAAUGGGAAAUGUACUCAAGAAGUUUGGUUGUUCUGCGCAUCUUGAAUUUCCUAAUGGUGUUGUGGUUAAUGAUAAGCAAGAGAUAUUCAUUUCUGACAAUCGUGCUCAUUGCGUCAAAGUGUUCAGUUACGAAGGUCAUUUUCUUCGUCAAAUUGGUGGCGAAGGAUUGACCAAUUAUCCUAUUGGUGUUUGUAUCAACGAAGCUGGUGAAAUCCUGGUCGCUGAUAAUCAUAAUAAUUUUAACAUCACCGUUUUUACCCAGGACGGACAGUUAAUUAAUGCCCUUGAAAGUAAAGUCAAACAUGCUCAGUGUUUCGAUGUUGCUCUUAUGGAUGACAAUUCAGUUGUUCUUGCUUCCAAAGACUACCGAAUUUAUAUUUACCGAUAUUUGGGAGUGGAAAGUUUGGCUCAAGCUGUAGCAACUUCUGGUAUUUGUUAGAUACAGAAUAUGCAGUUCGUCUAACUUAACCAGCCCUGACAAGACAAUUGUCAUUGUCGCAAUCUUCCAGACAAAGACUUAACAUGCAUCUUAAUUACCAAUUUGACUUUUUAUUUAUUUUGAUCUUUUACCACCCUCAUCAACAUUCACCCCAUCAUAGAAAAACAUCAGUUAUCAACUUUCUUCAUAUCACAAGUUAUCUGUUUUUUCCAAAGAGUAGAGACCUUAAUCUUUGGUUUUUUCUCGUCCUGUUAGUUCUAUCUCCUUAAUUUUACUCUCAUUGUGAUUUUGAUUUAUUUGUUAUUAUUUUGUUACCUGUUAUUUUACCUGUUUUAAGCUGCCGUUUGAUGAUUGUCUCUUCCUCUUCUCUCUUUAUAUACUUAAUAACUCACAUCUCUCUAUCUCUCUAUCUAUUUUUGUUUUCAUCUUUUGCUUCAUAUUUUUCUCUCGGAAUUGUAUAUCUUCUUAUAGUAGCCAGACACAAAAAUUGAUAUUAAUUUCAACUAAAGCCAAAAAUUUCAGGUAAACUUGUGCAGAUUUACCAGCUCCUAAGUUUUGGUGGACACCUUUUGAAAUAUUUAUAAAAACAAAAAAAACUGGUAACUUAUUUAUUGUGUUAUUUUAUAUAAUUAUAUUAUGCAUAUUGAUUAUAUUUGGUACAUGUAUUUGCUACAAGACAGUACUUUUAAUUACGUCUGUCAUUGAGUGUUUUCAAUAAACUUUUAUCACUUUAUUA